CAACCGGCGGCCAUCUUGCGUCGGAGAACUUCUCUGGCGGGAAACGCUGCAGCGGACGUAAAUUGGUCUGGUCUCCUGACCCGGAAGAAGGAAGAAAUUCGCACAGAGAAGAAAAGUGGGGCAGCAGAGGUAUGGAAUAUGGCAUCGACUGAAACGCCGUCUAUGUUAAGCGUUGGAUUAAUUGAAAAAGAUGUGAACGGGGACACUCUAUGGGUUUGGUGCUAUCCUGCAGUGAGCUCAGAACUUAGACAAGUCCUGCUCACCAAAUGCUGUUUGACACAGAGCAACGAAGAGUUUCACACAUUUGUGUUUGGCCAGUUCUGUCGUACAUGGUAUUACAUCAGCGCACUGGAGGUACAAGAGCCUACAGCUCUAACCAAGGUCACUCAUUUGUCAGUAGUGGUUACAGCAAAAGACUUCAACCCUGAGAAAUAUGCUGCACUCAAUCGAAUACUGUGCAGGAUGUACAUAAAACAUGGCAGUCCUGUGAAAAUGAUGGAGGUUUACAUUGCUGUCCUGACCAAAGGUAUUUGUCAGAGUGAAGAGAAUGGCUCAUUUUUAAUCAAGGACUACGAUGUUCGGAAGGCGUUUCUGGCAGGAUCCAUUAAAGACGUGGUAUCGCAGUUUGGCAUGGAAACGAUUAUCCUGUACACUGCUGUUAUGCUGAAAAAGCGGAUUGCUGUCUACCACCCUCGAAUUGAAGCCUUGUUGGAAUUCACAAGAGCACUUCCUACUCUAGCGUGGCACAGGAAAGACUGGUCUAUCCUGCAUCCAUACGUGCACCUCAAUGAACGUGAACUAGAGCAUCUCAGUAAAUGCCCAGGGUAUAUAGCAGGAUUUGUUGAUCCAGAGGUGAACAACAGAACGGACCUUUUUGAUGUGAAUGUGAACCUUCCAGAAAGUGCCAUCACUGUGUCACAGAGUGCUAAAGAGAGUAUGAUGAUGGGGAAGUUACACAAGGAAGUCGGCCAUUUAAUUGUCCAGUCUGCAGAAGAUACAGAGCGGUCAGAUGGUCAAGUCAUUAAGGACAUUUCUUUGAAGACCAAACAGAUUCUUACUCAUUUGGGGUCAUUGGCCGAUCAGUGCGAAGGCUCUAAAAUUACUCUGGAACAUUUAAGGCAGCAACAUUUCCCUUCAGCAACGGAAAACUUCCUGUUUCAUCUAGCAGCUGCAGAGCAGAUUUUACGAAUAUAAGUCAGAAGAUUUUACAGGUUUUCUGAUUUUGCUCAACAGGUUGAGCCUUUGGGUACGUAUGUCUGCUGCUUCAGCAAGUGUUGAUUUUAACAAAAGUAUGCCAAAUGUGGCUUUUAAUAUUGUAAAAGUUUUCUUACUGACCUCAAAUUUACACAUGGAAUACAUUUACUUGGUAUUAACAUUGAUGCAUAGGAUGGCAUCUAUAAACCUUUUGAAAAGUCGCCUUUUUAAAUAUACAAUGUUUGGUUGCCAUAUAGUAAUGGCAAUACUUUUACAACCAUUUUAAACCAAGUCAGAUUUGUUUAAACAAGUGUUUGAUUUCAAAUGAUCUACUUGAGGGAUGAAUCCAUACCUACGGAUACAUUGUCCGUCUGUUCAGGUUGAUAUUAAUAAAUAGCUGCAGUGUGGUGUACAUUUCAGAAUAAAAUUUAUUGGCAUUUAUGUUAGACAAACAAAGAAUACAGAACCGGUUAGCCAUGUAAGGAUAGAAGGGUGGUUUUGUGCCGUAGUAUUUUAUUUCUGAGUACAGUGCAUGGAAUUCACCUUGUAAAAUUAAGAAGUAUAUGUAUUCAAACAUACUGUAUGUUUUAGGAAUGCUCCAAAACUGUACUAAUAAAAUGGUUUA